UCCAACUGCGCGCUUGGCGCCCUACGCGACCACCAGCCCGCGCCCUACUCGGCAGUGCCCUACAAGUUCUUCCCAGAGCCGUCCGGCCUGCACGAGAAGCGCAAGCAGCGGCGCAUCCGCACCACAUUCACCAGCGCACAGCUCAAGGAGCUGGAGCGCGUCUUCGCUGAGACCCACUACCCCGACAUUUACACGCGUGAGGAGCUGGCUCUCAAGAUCGACCUCACUGAGGCUCGCGUGCAGGUCUGGUUCCAGAACCGCCGGGCCAAGUUCCGCAAACAGGAGCGCGCGGCCAGCGCCAAAGGGGCGGCGGGCGCGUCGGGCGCCAAAAAGGGCGAGGCGCGCUGCUCCUCAGAGGACGACGACUCCAAGGAGUCCACAUGCAGCCCCACGCCGGAUAGCACUGCAUCGCUGCCGCCGCCGCCUGCGCCCGGCCUGGCCAGCCCGCGCCUGAGCCCCAGCCCACUGCCCGUCGCACUGGGCUCCGGGCCGGGACCCGGGCCAGGGCCACAGCCGCUCAAAGGCGCACUGUGGGCAGGUGUGGCGGGCGGUGGGGGCGGCGGGCCCGGCGCAGGCGCGGCCGAACUGCUUAAGGCUUGGCAGCCGGCCGAGUCCGGCCCCGGGCCCUUCUCCGGGGUUCUGUCCUCCUUUCACCGGAAGCCCGGCCCCGCCCUGAAGACCAAUCUGUUCUAGCUGCCAGCCUCUGGAGGCUCCGAGCCUGCCCCCAGAGACGUCCCUGCCCCUCCAGGACCUGACAGUCCCUCCCAUCCUGGCCACCCACCUGGAAGUCCCCAUCUGUCUCCACUCCCUACUGUCUCACCCCUGGGUGUGUCCUCCCUAACUUUGGAGACCAAGUCAGGGCCACUCUCGUCCUCACCCACCCUCUACCAGCAGAGCGGAAUUCUUUUCACCGGGACCCCCUCCAGGAGAACCCCGGAGCCUCUUCUAGCUUGGCCUUCUUUGGAUGCGGUACCACAUGAGGCCUGUCCCUAACACAGUGCCCUCAAAGUGAAGGUCCUCAAGGAGGAGCGGCACAGCCCCCUUCCCUGGCUCUGCAGUGGCUGGGUCACCCCUUACGUUGGUGACCAGGAAAGUCUGCUGCCCCACCCCUCGGGCCCACCCGCCUUAACCCCACCCAUACAGAGGCUGGUGGUUGCGGGAUAGGUUGCGGGAUAAUCAGUGGCCACUGCCAAUGCGUCCCUCACGUGUCUCCUCUCUUCCUUAGCCCGUGUGGCACAGAGGGUGGACCUGUUGGAGGAGUGGAGGGGCUGCCCAGGGAAUGGGACAGAGGUAUUUCCUUUCCCUAAAUUUUUUGGUUGUCCUUUUUCUUUGAAAAACUUGUAAUUUAUUGAAGUUUUACUCAAUCCAAAUAAAACUUAAUUUAUUGAAGACA